AUGGUACUUCCUAAAUUGAAAGAUUCCCGGGCAGUUAUGCCAUUUCUUCUACGCAUUCAAACACUGGCCGGAUUGUGGGGCGAUCGAUCACAACGUUUUAGGUUCUACCUGAUUUUCACCUACUUCGUCCUUAUGGUGGUUCUGCCGAAGCUGCUGUUCGGCUAUCCGGACCUCGAGAUUGCGGUUCGCGGAACGGCCGAGUUAAUGUUCGAAUCGAACGCGUUCUUCGGUAUGCUGAUGUUUUCCUUUCAACGAGACAACUACGAACGGUUGGUACAUCAACUACAGGAUCUUGCCAGCCUCGUUUUCAGCCAGGACCUACCAGACGAACUGGGACACUAUCUGAUGGCGGUGAAUCGGCGUGUCGAUCGGUUCUCGAAGAUUUAUUGCUGUUGCCACUUGUCGCUGGCCACAUUUUUCUGGUUCAUGCCGAUCUACACCACCUAUUCAGCCUAUUUUGCGAUCACGAACAGCACGGAACCCAUCGAACAUGUGCUGCACCUGGAAGAGGAACUGUAUUGGCUCAAGAGUCGCACCUCGAUUGUACACUAUACGGUGUACGCCGCAAUCAUGUGGCCAACGAUCUAUACACUGGGUUUCACGGGAGGCACAAAAUUGUUAACCAUCUUCACCAAUGUAAAGUACUGCUCGGCCAUGCUGCGGCUGGUGGCGCUGAGAAUUCAGCACCUAGACAAAGUGCGCCCCAAGGAUGCGGAAAGGGAAAUGGACCGAAUCAUAUCGAAUCAUCAGCGUGCGCUUGAUUGCGUGUUCCUGCUCGAGACGACAUUUCGAUGGGUUUUUUUCGUACAGUUCAUACAGUGUACAAUGAUUUGGUGUAGUCUCAUUCUUUACAUCGCCGUCACGGGCUUUAGCUCGACGGUGGCCAACGUGUGUGUACAGAUUAUACUAGUAACGGUAGAGACUUUUGGUUAUUGCCAUUUCGGAACAGAUUUAACCACGGAAAGUUUCAGUGUCGCUCUCGCAGUGUACGAUAGUGAAUGGUACCGAUUUCCGAAUCCGAUGCGCCACAAACUGCGACUUUUGCUGCAACGAGCCCAGAAGCCCGUAGGGAUAACAGCGGGGAAGUUUCGCUUCGUAAACGUGGCACAGUUUGGCAAAAUGCUGAAAAUGUCGUACUCGUUCUACGUGGUGCUAAAGGAACAGUUUUAA